UAGGCCAUUUUAUCCCUAGCCAACUGGUGUUUGCGUAUAGGCAGAGCAAUCGAAGAAGAUAGCUUCAUCGGCUAUGGCUUCUUCCGCUCAAUUCCUUCACUCCUCCUUGCCUCUUCUUCCAAAUCUCAGGCCCAAAUACAGUCCUCACUCUUCUCUCUCUUUUCUCCCUCCUAAACCCGCCAUUACUUUCCACUCCAAUCCUCAAUCUCUCCGUCAUUUUCCACUUGUUCGUCCUGCCUUGGCCUCUUCCUCUUCCUCUGCUCUCUCGCCGGAACUGCCCCUUCAAGCUUCCCCACCCUCAACGCCGGAAAUUCUCAAAGGUUCAACUCGCACUCUUGCUUCGAUAUUUGCCCUAGCUUUAUCUCUAUCUCGCGUGGUUAUCAAACUGGUUCCUGGGCCGGAGCAGCUCGCUGCAAUUCUUAACCUUCAGAGAAAUGCUAUCUCCACCGCCGGUCCUCUCUUCUUUGCGUCGUUGCGGGAUCGUCCCGCGGGUUCGUUGAACACGCCGCUCACUGUUGUGGCUGCCGGACUUGCUAAGUGGCUUGACAUUUAUAGUGGGGUUUUGAUGGUUAGGGUUUUGCUCAGUUGGUUCCCCAACAUUCCUUGGGAGCGUCAGCCUCUCUCGGCUAUACGAGACCUUUGUGAUCCUUAUUUGAACUUAUUUCGGAAUAUCAUUCCUCCCGUAUUUGAUACACUUGAUGUCAGUCCGCUUCUAGCUUUUGCGGUACUAGGCACUCUUGGCUCAAUUCUCCAUGGAAGCAGCGGGUGAUUGGGUGAAAAGUUCGGCUGUGUAUGCAGUAAUGAAAUGCUGUACGCAGACUUUAUUUUCAAUGUUAGCUUUAUCUUCCGAUAUUUUGUAUUUCGUUAUCGUAGGGAUACAAGUACUUUAAUAAGUUCGUCAGGAUUCAAUAUAUAAAUUUUGACAGUUUUUGGCAUUAGCUUACUUGAUUAGUUGAUUUUGGGAUUUUAAUCGAUUGUAUUUUGUUAUAGCUACGCUGAAUAACAGAUAUUUGAAUAUUUCUCCAAUUUCUUGAA